AUGAAUGUGACGCUGGCUGCCUUCAACGAGUUUCAGCAAUGGGUAUAUUCCACGGAACAAUAUGAGAUCCGCAUAGUGGGAAAAGUGCAGAAGAUGAAGAUCGACGACUAUGGCCUCAUCACCAAACCGGGGAGCAUGAAAGAACUGGCGAUCGGGUUUGAAUCUCUCGGAGUGGACGCAUGCCUUCUUCUCGAUUUUGGUGAUGGUUUCUACCCAUACACAUACGGGGAGGAGCAAACAUGUCAAAACGUCUCCAUGCCGACCUUUUACCAGCCUAAUACCAAUCUCACCAAUCCUCUCAUUGUCCAUCACUUUUACUGGGACGAGAACGUAUAUCGUGUGACGGCGCAAGCAUGGAACCAAGGAUCAUCGACUUCCACGACUUUGGAAAUUGCAAUCGUGAAUCUGGACUGCAUGUAUCCAGAUGUUGCCAUCGAGGCUCACGAAGACACUUAUAUCAUGUCUAAGCCUUUCACUAUCAAUGGCUUGGCUCGACUCAAUUGCUCCUCUACCGUGUCUACCAGGAAAGCAUGGAAUGUCACUGAGGUGGACAAGCUGACCAAGGCGUAUAAGAAGACGGUAAACAUCCUAGACGGUUUGUUGAGAUGGGAUAAGCCUCAAAUUUCUGUCCCGGCACGGUUUCUCCCCUACGGAUACUACCGAUUUCGGUACACCGUUGGCAUGAUCGGGAUUCCAAUACUUGAAAAAAUAAAGAUCGAGCGGACAGCAGAAACAUUCGUGGAAGUGAUUCCAUCACCACUGUUACCCAUGGUGUUACCCGGCGGAAUUUCUCGGAUCCUCCGCUCCAGAACUGACUCCGUUGAACUGCAACCGGGACUCUAUUCCCAGGAUCCGGAUAACCCCAACAACCUAACGGGGAUGGAGUACUACUAUUUCUGCAAGCGAGAGGGAGAGAAAUACCCCCAAGUUGGAAAUGAAUAUGAUUACCAGAUGAAUUCGAUCCCAACUGGAAAACUGUUAGUCGACAAAGGAGGUUGCUUCGGAAACGGACCCGGGGUGCUUGAUGUGAGAGGAUCGUCCUUGAAGAUUCCUUGCAGCGUUUUUUCCUCGCCGGGGGUCUAUAACAUGAUGGUAGAGGUAAGAAAGACGGGGCGGAAAGCAAAUGCCUAUGUGGACGUGGAAAUAUCAGCUCUGAACUCCAUCCCGAACGUCCUCAUCGCUUGCAAGACGGCGUCAUUGUGCCAGCCGCCCAGACCAGAGGGAAUAUACGUGAACCCGACGACUCGAUUGGCGAUCAAAGGAUCUUGCAACUCCGGUUGCGAGGGAAACGAUAGCAACCUCGUUUACUCUUGGGAACUCCGAACUGUGAACUGCUCCUAUAAUCCAUGCCUCACAAGUCCUCAACCCAUGCCGGUCCGAUUUGGCUCUUCUCGUUUGACAGUGGGCUUGCAGCAAAUGGAGAUUGCGAUCUCGCAGGAAUUCUUCGCAUACAUCGAGAACCAGGGAAUGAACCGGUUCGACAUUCGUCUUGGCAUCACUAUCAAUUCGACAGGAGCCAAAGGGUAUUCCGAGUUCUACAUGAUCAAGAACCGCCCGCCAACUGGAGGAAAAUGCGUGCCCACUCCUCCCACCAACUCCAUCUUGAAGGCCUCGAUUGACGCCAUCUAUGUCAGCUGCACCAAUUGGAUCGACCCCGAGGGAGAACUCAUCACCUCAUAUGCCUACUACUCGAUGAGGGAGGACGGGGGAACUGAAACACGAAUUGACUUGGUGAAGACGGUGCAGGAGGAUCGAUCCCUCUAUUUGGGAGUGGGGAUACACAACGUCCACGUCAUCAUGCAGGAUUCCUGGGGCGCUGUCACGGACCUUCACCUGGGAAAUUUCACUAUGGAGCUCCCGACUCCGAAGGAGUUCGAGAUGGCCAAGAGGUUAGGGGUGUUGAUCGGAUCAGGGGAUCCAUCGACACUGGCAAUGAUCUCCCAGGCCCAGGCCUCCGUCUAUCAGAAUGCCCCAUGGAUGAAAUUGGAUACGAAUUCCCUGCAGAACCUUCCCCCGACCGAAGUGGAAUCACGCCUCGCCGCUGUACAACAAGGUUACACGGACACGUUGUCGGGAAUGGCGCUGAUCGGAAACACGGAGAACCAAGGCCAGAUCUUGGUGACGACGAGUGUCCUGGCUCAGGUGGCAUCUGGAAUCGACGGAGGGUCCGUAUCCACUGUAGCCGUCGGACUCCAGGGACGCCAGGCCGUGACCACCAUCUUCGAGAACAUGUUUAAGAGCCUGGAUGCCAUCGAGUUCGGGAGCCCGGAGGAAGUUCUUCCCAUCCUCAAGAAUGCACUCGUCGCCGGCACAAAAUUCAUGGAGGGAGUCGAGGGACAGCUGAAGAAAGGGGGCAAUUGCGACGAGGUGGCGCAAGUGAACAAGUCCUUCUGCUCGCCGGCUGACAAGAAUCAAGCUUCCCUAGAUUACGAAUUCCCACCUAAAUCUCCGCUCUGGGUCCAAACGAACGACGAAGACACCCAGCGAUGCUGUUACAUCCUGGAUCGAGCAAAGUACGAAUCCAAAGGCCUGAGUCAAAUCGUAGUCCAUAUCAUCAGCAAGCUGGUUUCCAAGAUGAUGCAGGUCAUGGUGCAAGGGGAUAUUGUGAACGUAGCGACCGAGUCCGGUGUCAACGUGACUGUCAUGAAGGACGCUCCGGUGAAUUUGCUGAAUCAGCCCAAAUUCUUCGGUUCAGGGUCUUCCUUUGAGUUCAAGGGCUGUCCCGUCGCGGACUGUAACAAACCCAUCGGCUUCUCCUUCAGCGAAUUCCCUCACAACAUCAUAAAUGGGCCGAAUAGCGACUCGAAGGCAGUAAACGGGACAAAGUUGAUCUCCAUCUCCCUGAUGGACGAGAACGGGACGGAGAUUAAAGUGGAAAAUCUCAAUCCUCCGCUACGACUCCAGAUCCCUAUUGUCCCCCAACCCAAUGUCCCAAAUAGCACCUGGGUGAAUCCGAAGGUGAGGCUUCUGGAUCGGAGGACCCCCAUCAUCUAUCACAUACUACCCAAGCCCGACAUUCCAGGGAGACUUCAGCUGGAAUUUUCCUUCGAUCCCGCCUCUGAGCCGAAGAAUUUCCUCAUUCUAUUCCGAGACGAUGGACUUCCCCUGCCCAUCCAGGGAAAAUUUGAUCAGGAUGACUCCUGCGAAACUACUUUUGAGAUCAGAACCAUGAAAUCCCUUCCAGCUUUGACCCAACGGGAGUGGCUGAUGUCGGUCCAACCCGGAGCCUUUCGGGGUCGGGACACUCAGGGGUCGGCUGUGGGAACCGACGUGGAGCCCACAUCGCAUACGUGGAAUUACCGGCAUACAUGCCGGGAAUGUCCCCAUAGUUCCUACGUUGGCCCAGCGCGGUGUGCUGCCUGGGAUCGAAAACCAGGGAAAUACCGAUUGUUGAGCUGCAGCAAGCAGGCAGAUUCCGGGGUACACAACGUCACCGUCGGGGUCAUGAUGCUGAAGGAAGGAGUGACUUUCCAGGAAAUGCUUAAAACAGCCACUGUCGACAACAUGGCACGGGACUACUUGGAAAACAGGACACAGUUCACCUCUUACUGCCUCCAGAGCAUCACCACCCGAGUGGUGUACUUCAACGAUACGCUCGGGAAGUUCACGGAUGACGGCCUCUCUCUGCUAGAAGCGGAUGGUACAGUCCUGAAAAUGGAAAGCAGUCAUAUGACGACUUUCGGAGGAGGAUUCUUCGUCAUGCCGAACACCGUCGAUUUGGAAUACGUGUUUCACCAUUUGGGAUUCGACGACAACCUGACCAUCUACAUGACCAUCAUCUUCACCGGCAUCAUCAUCCUCGUCCUCCUCGUCUGGGCCCGCCUGCAGGACAAGAAAGACCUCCAAAUGAUCGGAGCGAUCCCUCUGCCCGACAACGAUCCGAGAGACGCUUACGUUUACGAGAUUCUCGUGUCGACCGGAGACAAAAACCUGGCUGCAACCGACUCCAUCGUCUCUUUUAUUCUGAGCGGGGAGAAGGAAGAGACACCGGUGCGAGUAUUCGGGAAACCGACGAGACGGAUCUUCGGCAAGGGAUCCACGGACGCUUUCGUCAUGACCACACCACGGCCCCUGGGUAACCUGAACUACCUGCGAAUAUGGCACGACAACUCCGGGAAGGGGACGAAUCAAUCCUGGUUUCUCAACUUCUUGAUCGUGAAGGACAUCCAGACCGGGAUCGAGUACGAAUUCAUCGCAAACGCGUGGUUUGCCGUCGAGAAAGGCGACGGACAGAUCGAUCGACUGCUCCCUGUGGCCUACGACGAGCAGAAACGGAGCACGGAUUACCUGUUGAGCACCCACUCCCAGAGGAACUUCCGAGACGGACAUCUCUGGUUCUCUGUGUUUCUGAGGCCACCGAGGAGUCGAUUCACGAGGGUUCAACGCGUCGGCUGCUGUGCUGCCUUUCUCUAUCUCUCCAUGCUGGUGAAUGCCAUGUGGUACGGAACCGUUCCGGAUGCUUCACCUCACGGCUUACAGCUCGGACCAUUCGUCCUCACCCCGGAACAGAUGGGAGUGGGAGUGAUGGGGAAUCUGAUCGUGUUCCCACCCUCUUUCCUCAUCAUCAUGCUCUUCAGGAAAUCACGACCCAGAGUCCUUCGUCCGUCCCGCAUCGAUAAAGCACUGGACGAACAAAGUGCUGGAAGGGUGAACUACAUCCCUCCAGGGUCAGGAACGAAGGCGAAAUACCCUCGGAAGAAGAGAUGCACGUUACCGUGGUGGUUUAUGCUGGUGGCAUGGUUUUUGAUACUGGUUUGCAUCGGAGUGAGUGUGUUUUUCACCUGGGCCUAUGGUAUCCAAUUCGGAAACUCCAAGACUCUCAAGUGGGUGACAUCCCUCGUCAUCUCCUUCUUUUCCUCCGUCCUCCUCGUCCAACCCUUGAAGGUUUUCCUGAUGGCGUUGUUCCUGGCCGCCGUGUGCAAGGUGAAACCGGAUGAAGACGAUGCGGACGAAGACGAAGAAGAUCCUCGUCUUCGAUACGACGAGCAGUGGAUCCAACACGACGAUCGAGAACAGGAGGCCGGUAUCAAGAGGAUUUACCAGCCGUUGAGCAAAGCAGCACUGGAAGCAGCACGAGAGAAAAGACUGAAGGAAAUUAAAAUGUGGGAACUCGUGAAAGAGAUCGGAUUCUAUGUCUUCUAUCUCUGGGUUCUUCUCGUUCUCUCCUAUGGAAACCGAGAUCCAAAUGCCUACUAUCUGAAGCGGUGCUUUGUCUCCAGCUUUCUCAGACUCGGCGAUGACAAUGUUGACUUCAGCAAGGUGUUGACUGCGAGUGAUUUUUGGAACUGGAUGAAUCAAGUAGCACUUCACGAAAUUCGAGCUGAAAACUGGUACAACGGAAGCGCACCUUAUGGUCUCCGAGGUUUCUUGAAUGACCGUGCGAACCGACUUCUCGGUUAUCCGAUCCUCCGACAGAUCCGCGUCCUACCGGAUUCUUGCACGGUGCCGUGGCAGAUGGCCAAGGCGAACGUGACCCACUGUGCUGGAAGUUCUGGGCUCUUCAACGAGGAUAGCAAGGAUUACUGCAACGAAUGGAGGAACAUCCACGAUCCUGGUUCUAACUGCUCCUUCAAAGAAUUCACGUACACGUCGGCUGAGAACCUGAAUGCGCUACCGAUCAUGGGUUAUCUCGACACGUACAGUGGAGGAGGGUACGUCAUGGAGUUGAGAGGAUAUCUUGCCGAAAUCAACGAUACCCUCAAUGAUCUCCAAAACCUCCAAUGGAUCGACAAAAACACUCGGGCCGUCCUCUUGGAGUUCUACACCUACAAUGCUCAGGUGAACCUGUUCGGUUCGGGUCGGUUGAUGGUAGAGAUGGUCCCCGGAGGAGGGUUCGUGCCCUCUUGGCGAUUCGACGGCAUUCGCCUCAUCAUUUACCGCGAAGGAUUCGGUCUUUUCGUCUUCAUCUGCGAGAUCCUUUACCUGCUCUUCGUUCUCAUCUUCACCUAUCGAUGCGCGAAGUCCAUCUGCGAGAAUCGCAAGGCUUAUUUCGGGUCCUACUGGAGCUAUGCCGAAGUUUCCACCGUGUUGGUCGCCUACGCCGCCGUGGGACUUUACCUCUAUCGCCUCUUCGUCACGGAUGACAUCCUGAAAAAUGUAUUCUCACUCUACGGGAACGAUUACACGAGGCUUCAAUACGCGAGCCUCAUCGAUGAGCUCUUUCUCUACGCCAUCUCUUUCCUCUCCUUCGUCGGCAUGAUGAUGCUCCUCAAGCUCCUGCGAUUCAAUCGCAGGAUCGGAAUUCUAUCCUCCACGAUGAAGCAAUGUUGGCAAGAUCUCUCCGGAUAUGCCGCCAUUUUCCUCCUUCUCUUCGUUGCAUUUGCCAUCAUGUUCUACCUCUUCUUCUACCGAGACCUGUUCGAAUGGCGGAAUUUCGGCAUCGCCCUCAUCACAUGCUUCUCCAUGAUGCUCGGCAGAUUCAAGUUCGACAGCAUGAAGGAUAGCAACAUCUUCGCUGCCGUCUUCUUCUUCUUCUUCGCCAUCACGAUGAGCAUCGUGAUGAUCAACGUCCUUCUCACCAUCAUCAUCCGAGCCUUCGAGGUCGUGAAGCACGACAUCGUGAACCAGCCCAACGAUUACGAGAUCCUGGAUUUCCUCUAUGGCCGAUUCCGCGCUUACCUCGGAUUCCCUUCUCGUUCCGGCAAUGCCGUCGCACCCAGUCCGAAGACCAAGUCCGAGACGAAGGAAACGGACGGGAAGGAGAUGGAAGGCUUCCAUCGCAAGGUGGAUCAACUCGUGGAAUACAUCGACAAGGUCUAUUUCCAGGGGAACAUCAACGCGGAGGACAAGGGAUGGAUCUCGAAGAUGCAGAGGAGCGCCGGACGCAAUGAUCCAAAUCUCAAAUGA